GGCGUAGUGUGCGUGCUCUGGUAUCUGCUGCUGUUGCGGGAGGAAGAGCCGCUUCACUCUCUCUCUCUUUAGCCGAGCUACCUUUCAGUUUCGCCUUCAAAAAACAUUUUUUUCGCUGUAUCGACCGGUUCCGUCACGCCGUCUUCAUCCGAGGGAUUCUUCACUUUAAACCUCGAGGUGGUUGGUCUCGGUUUAGAGAGAAAGAUUCGCGUUUCCCCCGUUUUUUUUUAAGAUCGAGUGCAGUUCGGUUUCACUGACAGCAGCACAAGCAACAACAAUGGCUCUGAAAAGAAUUCAUAAGGAGCUGCACGAUUUGGGCCGUGACCCACCUGCUCAGUGCUCAGCAGGGCCAGUAGGAGAUGACAUGUUUCACUGGCAGGCCACAAUAAUGGGACCAAAUGACAGUCCUUACCAGGGUGGGGUGUUCUUCUUGACCAUACACUUUCCCACAGAUUACCCCUUCAAACCGCCAAAGGUUGCAUUCACCACAAGAAUCUACCACCCAAAUAUCAACAGCAAUGGCAGCAUCUGUCUGGAUAUUCUAAGGUCUCAGUGGUCACCUGCUCUCACCAUCUCCAAAGUACUCUUGUCUAUCUGCUCUCUGCUGUGCGACCCCAAUCCGGACGACCCCUUAGUACCCGAGAUCGCCCGCAUCUACAAGACUGACAGGGAAAAGUACAACAGAAUAGCUCGGGAAUGGACACAAAAGUAUGCAAUGUAGUUUUGGAGUUAGAAUCAUGGCGGGAAAAAAAUUUACACCUCUCCAUCUUAAGGUUAGGGGAGAUUUGAAAGUUUAAGAGAUAAGCUUAAGAAAAAAAAACAAGAUCUUGUUGGUUUCCAUUGGAGUGCUUUCUUUAAGCCACGCCUCCCCUCACCAGAGCACCUCCCCCCAUACUCCCACCCUGCACCUCCCCACCUCCCCCUUGGUAGCCAUGGUGUACAUACUUUCAAACUUCAGCUGUAGCCCAACUCCAGUUAUUUCCCCCCAGUAUCCACCGCCACCACCACCUCCUCAACCCCCACCCAAAAAAAAAACAAAACAAAACUCUGCUCCAUGUCUCUUGCUUUAUGGUCUCCGUUGCUAUGGUGACAUGCCCGCCGCUUAGGGUCAGCCAGUCUCGAUUUUUUUGCAGUUGAAAAUGUUUAUGACUCUAAAAGCAUUCCUUGUUUUAAAGCACUGGGGAGGGAGGGCCUUUUUUCAUUUUGUGAUAUAGUGGAGAUUGAGGGAUACGUUCUUUACAUUUUUCCAUUUAUUUCCAUUUCCUGGGCUUCCAGAUGUAUUUUGGAUCAGGAAAUAGUUUUCUUUUUUGUUUUUGUUCCUUUCUUUUUGGCAGAGGAGGGAGGGGUAUAUGCUGGCUAUCUUUUUGUUUUGUAUAAAAUCUAUAAGGAAUUCUUUUAAAAUCAUAGCAGGUUAUUAAUGGAAAAUGUCGGGCCUAUGGGUCCUUCUCUUCUGGAUCAUUCGAAAGGACUUGAAUACUAUGAAUAUAUAUAUUUUUUUUUUUUCCCCAUUUGCCAUAACCAAGACUGUCUCUACCCCUUCCCUUAGCCACAACCAAUUCAGCAUUCAUUCACUGUUCUCAAGAAGUUUGGACCAGUUAUUUAAUACAGAAUCUUAGUUAAGCACGUGUUAUGAAUUUUUUUUUUCCUCCUUUCUCCCGCCCCCUGUAACUCUCUUAGUUCCAUUUUAGCCGCAUUGUUAUUUUUUUCCCCCUCUGCUCUUGUUGAAUUAGAUGCUAACAUGGCUGAGACAGACUCGAUUGGGUCCCUGGGUGAGAGGACACAACUCCUCACAGACAAACUUCUGUAUAUUUAAUUUCCUGACAGGCUCGUUGAGCUUUGUGUGUUGAUUAAAACUGUGUAAUAAAAUGAUUACUAAAGUCUGA